AUGGACGAGGAAAUAGUAACAACGACGGCCGCCGUGGACCCAGGUCCGCAUCGGUCUCCUACUCCUGAAUUACACGCAACCUACACGUCUCUGGAAAUUUUAGUGGCAUUGGUGGCCGUUGUAGGCAAUGCUAUGGUGAUACAUGUGUUCCGUCGCGAUAGAAGAUUACGGCGUCGGACAAAUUACUACAUAGUGUCAUUAGCUAUUGCUGAUUUGCUUGUUGGUCUACUGGGUAUCCCAUUUGCGAUACUCGCUUCAGUGGGUCUACCGAGAAACCUCUACGCUUGUCUUUUCACAACGUCGCUGUUGGUGAUGCUUUGUACGAUAAGCAUCUUCUGCCUCGUAGCGGUGUCUGUGGACCGCUAUUGGGCAAUCCUUCAUCCCAUGUGCUACUCACGGAAUGUUCGAACAAAAACUGCUAUUCUUAUCAUCUCUGCGUGCUGGGUAGCAGGCGCCGGUGUUGGACUCCUUCCGUUGUUCGGUUGGCACGCAGCAGUCGACAGCUCACCGGGUUGCUACUUCGUCGAAGUUAUGGAUUACAACUACCUUCUUUUCCUGUACUUCGCAACCAUUGUGACCCCCAGCGUUCUACUAGCGGCCUUCUACGCGCACAUCUACCGUGUGGUUGUGAAACAGAUGAGCGCUGUUGUAACUGUGGAAGGUGGACAAGGCCGAGGCGGGACAAUGUUGCGAGUUCUCGGAGCAGCUCAAAAACGAGAAGUCAAGGCGACUCAAAACCUGGCCAUCAUCGUAUUCUUCUUUAUAGUUUGUUGGAUACCACUUUACACAAUUAAUGCGAUUAAGGCAUUCAUGCCAGAACUAGACAUUCCUAAUCCAUUAACCUAUUUCUGUAUUAUAUUUUCCCACGUAAACUCUGCGAUUAAUCCGUUGUUGUAUGCAUAUCAUUUGAAAGACUUUCGAGCGGCGUUAAAAGGUCUGAUAUGUACAAUGUUUGGAAGAGGGGUACCGCUACCGGCUGCGUAUAGGCCACCAGUUCCUAUGAGAAGGCCGGUUUUAGAAAGAUGUAACGCUUUAAGAGAACGUCCUAAGAUAUACGUAAAUUCACCAGUUUGGUUGAAACAAAGAGAAGCAGAAGUGGCAGCGAGCGAAGAAAGGAACAAGGCACUAGUAAAUCCAGAAUUAGAGCCAUUUUUGAAUAAAGUAGUUACUGACGGUUCCAGUGGAAGGCAUACUCCUGAGGGUCGCGACGAUAAUAACGGACCCUAUCUUAUACAGACUAGUCAAGGAUGCCAUAGUCCUUACAAGAAAGUAGAAGAAUUUAUUAGGAGAGUACGAAGUGUUAGUUCGGAACAUAGCUGACACGAAGCAAGCCGUGUGCCCUCGGCUUAUAGUGUGGCAUAAUCAGCUUUAAUUUAUUUUAAUAAUAAAGGACUUUAUUUAUUUCAAUUAAUAUCAUCAAUUAUAUAAGGUAAAUAUUUUAUUCUUGUUGUCGUAGUGUACCUAUACUUCUGAUGUUAGAUAUGUUAGAUGAUUGGUAAUAUUUUUAGAUAAGGUAUUUUACUGUGACUAUUGAAACCAAAUAUUUUGAGAUUAUUGUCGACACGCUUGUUAAAUGUGAAUAAAUGCUUUAAUAAUUAAAA